AGAGGUGUGAGGAGGUGCAGAGCUAGCAAUUUGGUUGUUUGCUGUGGAUAUCGUUUGGACACCCCAGCAGGCUUUAUUCCAGGACAGUCAGGAGGAUUCCUGUUACCCCGGAGGAGAGCCAUUUUAGGAGCUUUUACUACAUUUGUAGAGAUGUCAAAGGACAAGCAGACCCGAUCCGCCCCUUCCCCCACCCCCUCGGAUCUAUCCCUUCAUAGCAACGAGGAGUGGGAGCCAACCCAGGAGGCGUAUACGACCGACCAGGCAUGUAGUGACCAGCCGCGGUCGUCAAGGGCCCAUGAGAAGUCCAAGAAAAAGCCUAGUAGAAAGGCAAGAAGCCAGCCAGAGGAGCAGUCGGAGGAGGAAGCCUCUGGUGAAGAUGCAGGACAGAAAAAGGUGCGUGGACCCAGAUACACUGAGGCGGAAAACUGUACCUUAGUGGAUUGCGUCGACAGGUCCUACGACGCUUUGUAUGGAUCAAAGGCACAGACAACAUCAGCUAGGGCUAAGCGAAUCAUCUGGGAAUCCAUUGCCAAUCAAGUCACUGCAAUAUCUGGAAACCGCCGGAGCACCAGAAAUUGCUUGAAGCGGUACAGUGAUUGCCGCAGACAGACCAAGAAGAAGAUGGGGAUUCAGCGCCGACAUGAGACAGCUACGGGAGGUGGCCCGGCUCUCAAUCUGAAGUGGCUACCCUGGGAGAACGUUAUUAGAAGGCGCAUGAACCCUGCCAUGGUCGAAGGAGUUCGCGGAGGUGUGGACUCCAGCCGUCCUGCUGGCUUUCCCCAGGAGGAAGAACCGCCCAGAAGACGGAAGAAGGCGGGAGACCAGCCGUCCAAAAGGAGGUCUGAUGACAGGCCUGCCCAGAGGACAUCACCUGCGCACAGGACAUCGCCAGCGCACGGACCGUCACCUGUGCAGCAGGCAUCGGCAGCAGCGCGCGGACCAUCAACUGCGCCGCAAGCAUCGCGAGCACACAGAUCGUCACCUGUGCGCCACAGUUCGUCAUCGCGCAGUUUGUCACCUGUGCACCAGACGACGUCAGCGCACAGACUAUCACCUGUGCGCCAGACACCGUCGGCGACCACACCACAAGAUGGGCGCCAAACUACAGCUCCUGCGCGCAGGCCAUCACCAGAUCGUCGUCCCUCCAGGAGCUCUGGGACUGUGACUGAAGAGCCUCAAGACACUACCCUUGUGGACCCAUCACCCGAUCUGUUUGAGUCUACAGGGUUAACAGACGAAACUUUUCUUGGGUUUGAGGACAGCCGUGCAGACGUAUCCAGCCAGACCCUUGAAAAGUCUUCUGAAACGAGGACAAGUGGAGCUCCUGGAGCAGCGGCAUCACAGGAUGGAGAAGUGGUGCCACGAACCAGCAGCGGACUAGCUUCGGGGAUUGGUUCCUACUUCAGGCCGGAUCUCCUCCUACAGGAGUCGUCAGAGGAUGACGAGGUGGAAGUGCAGGAGGCUCCAGUUACUACAUCCCUGCGUGAGUAAAUUGAAUUGUGAGCCUUCAAAAAAAUGUAUGAUGAAUGUGUAUAAUAUUGUCUAAUUUUCUUUUCAGCUGCCCAAAUCCAAGUGGUGGCAGACAUCCAGGAAGGGCAGAAUCCUUCAACUGUUCAGAGGGUUCACACCCUGGCAUCAGAGAUUGGGACACGCCAGGAUACGUACACAAAUGUCGUGGGAAGCAGACUGGACAACAUUGAGAGGACAAUGGAGAAAAUGUCAAACAGUCUGCUUGAACUGCAAAAGACUCUUUCCGACAGCACGGCCACAAUACUACAGGUCAGAAUACAAGAUCAUAGGGAGAGUAUGACCAUACUUAACAUUCUGGCCGAAUCCAUGACCCGGCUCGUGGACAACACUUCAUGUCUGGCAGAAAGCAAUAAAAACAUGUCGGAGAGUCAUCGACACUCCUCAUCCAGCCAACAGGUCAUCGCAACCACACUGCAGAUGAUCUAUGAUAAGCUCCCAGGAACAGCUCAUCAACACGCUGGUGAUCCACCAUAUCCGCCGUCACAAGCCACAAGGACGCCUCGUACCCUUCCUCAAGUCCCAUCCCAGUACAGACAGUCACAGAUGUACCAGGGAUAUACAGGGAUGUACUCCACCCCCCAGAUGCCUCCACCACCGGCCACACAAUCUUCAGCCGCAUGGGCACAGAGGACCAGUCAACAUACUCCCCAGCCUCCCAGGACAUCCACGCCCUAUCAGGGGGAAGAAGAGGAUCCGGACAGACUUCCACCAUAAACCCGGUCGUAUUGUUUUAUUUAUUUAUAAAUGUUUUUCAUGUAUCCCUUUCUUCCCCUCCCAUUAGUUUGUUUUUUUUCUUACUAUUGUUUUCUGUGUUGGGCUUCCCCACCCGUGACCGGGUACUACCAAGGAGCUUUGUGUAGGCAUACAUGCGCGGGCAUGUAUGCGGGCGCGUGUGGUAACGGAUGAAAGCUCCUUGUGGCUACAAGUAUGAUGGGCCAAAGAGCUAUUCUGAUACCACUUUUUUCUUCCAAAAAUCCUUUUUGUAAUGGUGUACAGUAGGCUUUAAUUGUGUGAAUUUACUAUUCACUAGUCUGUGUUUUUGUCUUAUUCAUAGGAUUGGUGGGGAAAAAUGAAGUGGACGGCAUAAGUUUGUGUUGUGCGU